AUGAAAUUACUAGAAUCAAAUAAUAUAUUAUCAUUUAUUUCUAAUAUAAAAAAAUAUUCUUCUACAACAUCAUCUUACUAUGUAGGAAAAAGUAAAGUUCAACAUUAUUGGUCUCAAAAUUGUUGUGAACUUGAAAAAAUGUAUCCAAAAGGAAAAUUUAUAGUACUAUUAGAUGAUGAACCAAUAUUACAAAAUGUUAAAGAAAGUGAUAUUUUAAAAACAAGAUUAGUUAAAUAUGAUUUUGAUGAUAUUACAAUGAAAUUUAAAGAAUAUGGUUUACAGAUAAUAAAUGAUAAUACCGUUUUUCUUGAUGUUCUUCUACCAGAAAAAGAAGGUUAUGAUUAUAAACCAUUAAUCGGCCUUUCAAUGCCAUUAAAAAAACCUGAACUAAAUAGUGGAAUAAAUUUUAAUGAAAUUAAAAAUGAAUUAGCUAAAGAUUUAGGUGGGUAUUGUUUACCAUCAUUAAUUUCUAGGUGGACUAUGGAAUCAACAAUUGAAAAAAAUUACUUAUCAAAAUUUGAAUUAUUAUUUAGAUGGCAUAAAACUUAUAUUAAAUGUCCUAGUUGUGGUGAUGUAUUGAUAAAGAAAUUAUCUAAAGUUUCUUGUAUAUGUAGUAAUUGCAAUCAAAAAUUUUACCCAACAAUUAAUCCAAUUUCAAUGACUUUUGUUAUUGAUAAAACUAAUGAAUAUUGUCUUCUAAUAAAUCCUUUAAAUACUUCGAAAAAUAUUUUUACACUUAUACAUACUUUUUCUAAUCCUGGUGAAAGUAUAGAAGAAAGUGCUAGAAGGGGAAUUGCUAGAAGAAUAGGAAUUGAAUGUAAUAAGUUAAAACUUUUUGUUAAUUUUCAUUCACAACCUUCUAUUGAUAAUUGUUUACUUUUUCCAUUCUAUUGUGUUAUUGAUAAAAAUAUAAUAUUAAAUGAUGCAUCUAAUGAAAUUGGUAGUGCUAAAUGGUUUUCAAGAAAAGAAAUCAUAGAAGCAAUUAAUAUGACAUAUAAUGAUUCAUUAUGCAGAGUAUUUUCAUUAUCAACAUUAGAAAAUAUUAUAAAAAACAGGAUAAUUGAUAUUGAAAAAGAUUUUUAUUAUAUACCUCCUCCAGGAUCUUUAUCCUAUAGUUUAAUUAAAAUGUGGGCAGAACAUCCUGAUGUAUUUUUUGUAUAA